AUGGCCACUACAUCCGGGACAGGCUCUCCUCCAGCGCCCAAGACCCCUGUUCCAACAGAUAACAUUACUCCCGGGCAGCGGAUGGUGUCUGCGACCGCCGGCAAUGUCUUGACCGGGCUUCUAGUGACACCCUUGGAUGUCGUCCGAGUCCGUUUACAAUCACAAUCUCAGGUCCAUAACGCUUCACGCUUUACCUCCCACACCACCCAAACCUUGAAAAACUUUCCUCCAAAUCUCGGUAUCACCUCCUGCUGUCGCGAAGUCUUCUGGGUCGGAAACGAUGCCCAGAUGUGCAUGCUAGGGCCGCAGGCGACCGCGGUCGGAACAAAUCCACAUCCGGCGAUGGAUUGCGCGGUCGAAGAAUCGCAGCGGCGAACAUUCACAUCGACUAUAGACGGACUACGGAAGAUCGCGCGCAAUGAAGGAACUUUGACACUGUGGCGAGGGUUGAGCCCGACCUUAAUGAUGGGAAUCCCCGCCAAUGUCAUCUACUUUGCUGGCUAUGACUGGCUGCGCACGGAUGAACGGAGUCCCAUCAAACAGCGGGUGUCUGAAGGUUAUGCGCCCUUGAUAGCGGGGUCCUUGGCUCGUGUCGCAGCGGCGGCAGCGACCAGUCCGCUGGAGAUGUUCCGGACACGUCUCCAGGCAACUCCGGGAACGGGUGCGGACCACUUCAAAAAUACUGUGGAGGAUUUAUACCAUAUGACGCAGAAGAAGGGAUAUAGCUCUCUCUGGCGAGGGUUCACUCUUACCAUGUGGCGCGAUGUUCCUUUCUCUGGGCUCUACUGGUGGGGAUACGAGGAGGUAAAGAAGGUUCUGAUCGCGGCGCGUCAGAAGGCCCCUCUUUCCGGUUCUGAUCACGAGCCUGAAGAGUCAAGUCUCCAAGCUUUCCUUGAUAGCUUCAUUUCCGGGGGCAUUUCAGGAUCCGUAGCAGCACUUGUUACUACGCCGUUCGAUGUUGGUAAGACGCGACAGCAAGUUUUCCGACAUAUGGACGAUGUUCCUCAUACUGGCGCCGCCCCUCAUACGGCAUCACCCGGCACACUAGUGCCAGAGCAACUAUCCUUACCAAAAUUCCUUAUGCACAUCUUCCGUGAAGAAGGCACCGCCGGCCUAUUCCGCGGUUGGACGGCGCGAUGUCUAAAAGUUGCCCCGGCCUGCGCCAUCAUGAUCUCAACCUAUGAGCUUGGAAAGCGCAUGGCCCGAGAGGUCAACGAACUGCGACACUCUGACGCAUAA